ACUCGCACUCGCACUCCACCCUGCAGCUCCAUCCUCGCGUUGCUCAUGACAGACUCACGACUGUGACGGCAAGGCAAUUCAAGCAUGUCGUCGGCUAGCGAUACACGGAGAGCAGCCGCUCAGAGCCAGAGCCAGAGCCAGGGUCAAAGCCAAGCAUCAGCGCUGAAGAGCAUGGAUCAAGUCAACAAGUCCAUACGUCGUCCCUUGUCCAAGCGGCCACUGGACAUGAUAUGGAUGACAUUCUUCAUCGUCCAUCUGGCAGCCAGCCUACUCGUCGACUCUCAAACGCUCAUGCCCGACAAUGUGAUCCCAGCAUCGCAAUCCAAUCUGCUCCACGCCUACCUCAAAGACUCUUCCGAUCCUCUCAUCUCCGCCCUCACAAGUCCCGCACCUCUGGGUCAUCUGUUCCACGCAUCUACGCGCACGAGCACGAGCACGAGCACGAGCAAGGCGCUGCCCCACAAUUAUGCCUGGUUCGCCACCAGCAUGAUUCUGGAAUUUGCGGUUCAGGUGCCGGUAUUUGUCUUGGGCACUAUUGCGCUUUGGAGAGGUGAGUUGGCAUGCAGCGUGAGCGAGGGGGAAAGGCGUGCGCGCAGGACAGUCACGAGUCACGAGUCACGAGUCACGAGUCUGAUCCGAUCAGUCGGCCCCCUCAUCAUCGUGCGUGGAUGCUCGACGCGCGUACCCAUCCAUCCAGAUGACGCUCGCAUCUAUCCCGUGCUCAUCUUCUACUCUUCCCUCGCGACCUUCACAACGCUGCAAUGUCUCGUCACCGUCUUGUACGGUCCUGAAUCCCUCUCCUUGAGCCGCUCCAACAAACAGGUAUUGCUGAGCGGCUACAUUCCAUUCGUCAUUGUCCCGCUAGCGCUGGGUUGCGACAUGCUCAGACGAUGCAGGGCGUUGAUCGAGAGAGCGAAAAGGACAGAAGCUUGGCUCAAGAAGAGGUAAGCGCGCCAUGCAUCCCCUCGCUCUUCGCUUCGUGCAACGGGGCAAGGCUACUUACUCUGAGGGCGCGAUACCGAACAUCAUGAA